CAACAAUUAUCUUUUAAGAUUCCAGAUCAUGGCCAAGCGCAAGAGAGAAGAAGCAACCAAGGACGCUCAAGUCUCGAGCCAGCAACCAUCAAAGGCUGUCAAAUCAACAAUCAGUCAUGAGACUCGCUCAUCCUCUGUAGAUUUACCGGCCGUCACUGUGCAAAUAAUCACUGGAUCAUAUGAACGGGUGCUGCAUGGUUUCACUGCUGCCAUUCCCCCGUCUUGUUUCUCAUCCAGUGAUGAGAAGGAGCCUUCCGCUCACUCGUCCGCAGUACAAUUCGUUGAUACCUUCUUGUUUGAGGCUCAUGCAUCCGCCAUCCGUUGCCUCGCCUUGUCUCCUCGACCAAAUGCAGACUCGACCGAGGAAUCGCCAAAAGUCAUUCUGGCGAGCGGUGCAACAGAUGAGACUAUCAAACUUUAUUCUUUGUCGGCCGCCCCUCUUGAGGUAAAUGAGCAGUAUCCCUCCAUUCCGACUCUCGCGGGUAACAAAAUCCUCGAGAACCCGAAGAAUCGAGAGCUGGGCACAUUGCUACACCACUCUUCGAGUAUAUCGGCUCUGCAUUUCCCAUCGCGCUCGAAGCUUUUGGCUGCUUCAGAGGAUAAUACUAUCUCCGUCACCCGGACUCGCGACUUUGCUGUUGUAUCUACCAUUAAAGCUCCCCGCCCGAAAGUUCAAGGGAGACCCAGCGGAGACACAGCUCCUCCUGGAGGAUCGCCGUCUGGUGUCAAUGACUUCGCCGUGCAUCCCAGUAUGAAACUGAUGCUUAGCGUGGGGAAGGGUGAGAAAUGUAUGAGGCUUUGGAACCUGGUUACGGGUAAGAAGGCUGGUGUGUUGAACUUCAGUAGAGAGAUUCUACAGGCAGUUAAAGAAGGCAAGUGGAGUACUGGUGAGGGAAGGAAGAUUGUCUGGGACACUAAGGGCGAGGAAUUUGCCGUUGCAUUUGAGUGGGGAGCUGUUGUCUUCGGAAUUGAUUCGACCCCAAUCUGCAGGAUAUUCCCGAACCCCCGGAGCAAGAUCCAUCAAAUGAAGUAUAUCAACAAAGAUCCAUCUGCUGAGGAUGGUGACGAACUACUCGCUGUCUCAACAGAAGAUGGCAGGGUUAUCUUCUACUCCACCAAAAAAUUUCAAAAGCCACAGGAUGAUGAUGAUUCGCCGAUCCCUUACGCCGAAGCCGUUGCUGAACUUGGCGGCAAAGCGUCUGGUUUCUCGGGGAGAGUGAAAGAUUUCGAUGUCCUAAGCCUGAAAGAUGAAACAACAGGCCCCCAAGACGGUUUUCUGGUGAUCACGGGCAAUAGCGAAGGCGUUAUACGCGUAUGGUAUGUACCUGGAGAAGACCUCACUGGCAAGGAAAAGAGUGGAAAGACCAGUAAAACCAAAGACGAGAAAGCUUCAAAAACCCCUCAGGUGGGUAAAUUUUUGGAUGCUUAUGAAACCGGAAAUCGGAUCACCUGUCUUAAGGGGUUUGUGAUGCUGCCUUCGGAGGACCCCUCGAGCCUUCUAGAUUCCGAAGAGGAAUUCGAAGGCUUAGACAGUGACGAGGAAGAGGAGUCUGAGAGUGAAGAAAGCGAUGCCUAACCAUUUGGAUGUCAGUUGAUUAUUCCAGUUUGCAAUGUAUACCCUACGAUUUGUUGUUAGACUAGAAGAAUGUAAAAGAAAACCAAAUGCUUGUCAGAAACGAUUGUCUAGCACCUUCAACCGCUCUUUUAUCUUUUCCUUCUCCUUGACUAUAAACACAGCUAGGUCUCUCGGGAGAUAGUAUCAUCCACCACGGGCUAGAAAGAAGAAUAGACAAAGUCAGUGGUAGAAUUAAAGCGAAGGAGUCACUCAAUGAUUCUGAAGUAAUAUAUAACAAUCAACUGUAGAAGUUCCCCAAUCUGUUGUAUAAAUUUCACUCGCUCAUUCGGAGAUCUCAAUUUGAAUUGAGUCAACUGGC